GAGAGAGAGAGAGAGAGAGAGAGAGAGAGAAAGAAACAUACAUGAUGAGAAAGAAUCAUGGAUUGGUUGCCUCCUGCACAGGCCCUACUGGGGAUGGAGCCUGCAACACGGGCACCUACCCUGACUAGGAAUCGAACCAUGACCUCCUGGUUGAGCCACUGCAGUCAGGCUGCUGUUGACACUACAGUAUUAUAGAUGUCUCCCAUUUCCUUACCUCUGUACCCCUCCACCUAACCCCAACCCCUCCUCAGAUCUUCUCCACAGUAUUGUCUGUGUCCACACGCUACUCAUAUGUGCACAUCAAUUCUUUGGUUCAUCUCUUCCCAUCCCCUCACCCACUCCCUUCCUUUUGAGAUUCGUCAAUGUGUUUCUUGUAUCCAAAACUCUGGUCCUGUUAUUUUUUCUGUCAGUUUAUUUUGUCGAUUGGAUUCCACAUAGGAGUGAGAGCAUGGGAUAUGAGUCUUUCUCUGACUGGCUUAUGUCACUUAGCAUCAUGCUCUCCGGGUCCCUCCGUGCUGUCCCAAAGGAUACGAGACCUUCCUUUUUCAGGGCUGCGUAGUAUUCCACGGUGUCGAUGGACCCCAGCUGUUUUAUCCACUCGUCUGCUGAUGGGCACUUGGUCUGUUUCCAGACCUUAGCGCUUGUCAAUCGUGUAGCUAUGAACAUAGGGGUGCACAUAUUAUUUCUGAAUGGUGUUUCGGGGUUCUUAGGAUGGAUGUUUGAAGGAGGCGAUUAGCAUGAAGUACCUAGCUGAAUUUAAAGGUUCAAACACGAGUAAUGACUUACCGACGGAAUUUCUGGGUUUUGCUCCUUUUCUUUCACGGCAAUGACUUUUGGUAUCAUGUCCCUUGGUCAUCACAGCGCACCACCCUCCCCCAAUUGUGUAACAACUCUUAGCUUUCCUAAAAUCACCAGAUAGUGGUCUCCCUUUGGACUAAUGGCCAACCACAGAAGGAGAUAAAGUCAUUACGUCUUUUUAGCGGAUCUGAGUUCAUUCCACAUAGAUGUGGUGAGAUUAAACUCUCAAGUUCUGCUUCUUCUAGAGGUUAUGUGCUCACGAGGCCUGUCUGAGGGUAGGUUUAGGGACGGAGCCAAGUAACUCACACCCCACAAAGGACCUGGAUGGCCCCAGAACUUGGCACAGCUCAAGCUCUUCCUUAAUGGGCCAAGACGUACAACUAAUUGAGAGCUUGGGGCUUAUGCCAUGAGAGUGUCAGAAAACCAGUUUUUAAUUGCUGGAAGUAGAGAUAGGAUCCCCAAAUUCAGGGAGCAUUUCCAAAAGGGAGCUGACUUAAGCAACCCAAACAUGACACACUCUUCUUUCCAGGAGCUUCGAUCUUUGGCCAAAGAAAAUAAGAAGGUACUCAGAUCUCCAAGAUGACGCUCAGGAGGCGCUGGGCGUCCCUGUCUUGGAUGUGGUUACUCCUCACCGUGGGCCAGUCGCAAAGGGCGGACGACGACAAGCCGAAUAUCGUCCUGAUAAUGGUGGACGACCUUGGGAUCGGAGACCUGGGCUGCUAUGGAAACGACACCAUCAGGACCCCCAACAUCGACAGCCUAGCCAGAGAUGGUGUCCAGAUGACCCAGCACAUCGCCGCCGACUCCAUGUGCACCCCCAGCCGGUCCGCUUUCCUCACGGGAAGGUACCCGAUCCGAACAGGAAUGGUUUCCAAUGGGAACUACCGUGUCCUCAUGACCCUUGCGGCCCCUGUUGGACUCCCGCGUAACGAGACCACGUUUGCACACUUGGCCAAGGAGCAAGGAUACAGCACGGCGAUCUUCGGGAAAUGGCAUCAGGGCUUAAAUUGCAACUACCGAAAUGACCACUGCCACCACCCGUCUCACUAUGGGUUCGAUGACUUCUACGGCAUGCCAUACACUCUGUUUGACACGUGCGGGCCCAACCUUUCCCGGGACGCGGAAAUCGCCAUCAGCGGCCGACUCUGGAUCUCUGUGCAGCUGGUCGCCCUGGCUGCGCUCACUCUCGCUCUGGGGAAACUGAGUGGCACGCUCUGCGUUCCCUGGGCCCUCGUCCUCUUCCUGGUUCUGCUCAUGCUUCUCCUGGGCCACUUCUGGUUAAACAGUCACCAGUCGAGCCUGUACUGGGAUUGCCUGCUCAUGAGGGGGCACGAAAUUACCGAGCAGCCCAUGAAGGCGGAAAGGGCCGGGUCCAUCCUGGUAAAGGAGGCGAUUUCGUUUUUAGAAAGGCACCGCGAAGGACCUUUCCUCCUCUUUUACUCAUUUCUUCACGUCCACACGCCUCUCCCCACGACCGAAGACUUCAUUGGCACCAGCCGGCACGGCUUAUACGGGGAUAACGUGGAGGAGAUGGACUUCUAUGUGGGCAAACUCCUUGCUGCCAUUGAUGAUCUGGGGCUGAGGAAUCACACACUUGUCUACUUCACGUCAGACCACGGGGGACAUUUGGAGGCCAGGCUCGGCCACGCCCAACACGGUGGAUAUAAUGGGAUAUUCAAAGGAGGAAAAGGCAUGUCCGGCUGGGAAGGCGGGAUCCACGUUCCGGGACUUUUCCGAUGGCCCGGAAAAUUGCCCGCCGGAAACGUCAUUGAUGAACCUACCAGCCUGAUGGACAUCUUGCCAACGGUAGCAGCGUUGACCGGAGGCAUCGUCCCUCAGGACAGGGUGAUUGAUGGCCGAAACCUCCUGCCAUUGCUUCAGGGCGAGACCCAGCAUUCAGAGCACGAGUUCCUGUUUCACUACUGCAGUAGUUUCCUCCACGCCGCCCGUUGGCACCCCAAGGACAGCAACGCCACGUGGAAGGUUCACUACGUCACCCCCGUCUUCCAGCCGCCGGGAGCUCAGGCCUGCUACGAGACCCACUACUGCCAAUGCAUCGGGGACAACGUCACCUACCACGACCCCCCCCUGCUGUUCGACCUCUCCCAGGACCCCUCGGAGUCCACCCCGCUGACCAAGGACACGGAGCCGCUGUACGACCUGGUCAUCCAGACGGUGGCCGACGCUGUGAAGGAACACAGGAAGACCGUCGCCCCGGUCCAGCCCCAGCUGGUGCCCGAACGGAACCGGCAAUUCGUGUCGUUGAUGAGCUGCUGUGGGGUGUUUCCGUUCUGCUUUUGUGACAAGGAGGGUGAGGAAGCAGCCAGCAAGCAGCCAUUUGAUUGACAGCAGGCCACCAAAGGCCACCAAAGGCCACCAACCUUGGUCCUUUGAAAUAGGCAAGGAAUGGAUGUGAAAGCCAAUAAAAUUCUCCACCAUUCCGGAUGAUGAAACGCC